AUUGUAGCGUUGCUUUUCGGCCUUUUCACAUAUUAGUUGCAACUCGAUUGGCUAUCAUAUGAGCGAUAACGUGACCCCGCACGCUCAUCACCAACGCAUCACAGCGGGGCCUGUAUGUUGGUCAGGCGCUUAAAGGAACCAAUCGUCGUAUUCCUCACUAUAGACGCACACCUGAGUAUUUGAAUCUGCAGUCCCAUUGGAACUUCUUUGCGCGGCAAAAUAAUCCGAAAAGAUGGCGAUAUACAGUUCAGUAACAGGUGCUGUGUCUUCAAUCCUAAGUCCGGUCACGUCGCAAGGUUGGGGACCAUUGGUCAGCCUGUGCAAAAAUGGAACCCUUUCACAAUUCCAGAAUCUGAAGCAUGGUAAGCUUGUGGUAUUCGAAGGCGGCUCCAGCAAAUCCUCGGUAGCGUUUGGUUCGGACAAGGAAGGCCUUCCAAUUGCUUUCCUGGAUGUACGCGACGAGAAGUUCUGGGUGCGAAUUGCACUUUUUGCAGACAUGGGCUUUGCAGAGAGCUACAUGCUGGGGGAGGUCUCAACACCGGAUCUUACUAAGUUCUUCGAGCUCUUCAUCUUAAACCGCAACUACCUCUCCAACGGCUCAACUUUCACCUCUGCAAUCUCCACUGGCCUUGCUGGUUUACUAAGAGGCAGCAACAACCUCAGAAAUGCUCGCCUCAACAUCUCCGCACACUAUGAUAUUUCAAACGAGAUGUUCGCUGCAUUCCUCUCGCAAGACAUGACCUAUUCGUGCCCUAUAUGGCUUCCAAAAUCGAACCCACUCUCAGCGAACGAAAGCCUCUACGAGGCGCAAAUGCGAAAGCUCGACCGCUUCAUUGAUAACACACACAUCAGGGGAACAGAUCACGUUCUGGAGAUUGGUACAGGAUGGGGAAGCUUUGCCAUGCGGGCUGUCGAGCGGACAGGCUGCAGGGUGACUUCUCUCACUCUUUCCAUUGAGCAAAAGGAAUUGGCAGAGGAGCGCAUAAGAGCAGCAGGCAUGUCUGACAAGAUCUCGGUACUUCUGUGCGACUACCGCAGUCUGCAAGUCCCGGAAACAGGACCCUUUGACAAGGUCGUGUCAAUUGAGAUGCUGGAGGCUGUCGGCAAAGAAUACCUCGUCACGUACUUCAAGUGCAUCGACAAGCUGCUCAAGAAGGAAGGAGGUAUCGCCUGCUUCCAAUGCAUCACCAUGCCCGAUGCUAGAUACGAAGCCUAUGCCAAAUCAGACGACUUCAUCCGCCGCUACAUUUUCCCCGGCGGCCAUCUCCCCGCCGUCUCAGAGCUCGUAGCAUCAAUUAACACGGGAUCAGAGGGCUCUCUCAUUGUCGACAGCAUCGAAAACAUUGGGCCCCACUACGCCAAGGCUCUGCGGCUGUGGCGCGAAAAGUUCCUGGACUCCUGGGGAUCCACCAUCAAGCCGCAGCUCAUCAAGGAAAAGAGUAGCGAGGGCAUGGACGACGAGGGCGCCGAGAUUUUCAAGCGCAAAUGGGAUUAUUACUUUAGAUACUCCGAGGCCGGCUUCUCCACCCGGACACUCGGAGAUGUCAUCAUCACUGUCAGCCGGGAAGGCGCCAUGCAAAUGAUGGAGGAAGUGCCAUUGUGAAAUAUUGUAGCAAAAAAAAAAGGCUACGUUGAUUCGGUUAUUACUGUUGUACAUGGGAGAAUAUAGGUGUAUAUACCCUUUUUCUGUUUGAAAUGAUUGCACCAUACAUUAUUCCGUCUUUCUCUGUGUGCGCAAUUUGCUUUUUCCCCCUCACACUGUCCCGUACCCGUGAUCAAACUCCGGUAACUCAGCCUGGUACUCCAUAGCUAAUAUGCUCGAAUCCAGUAGCUCUUCCACUGACGCUCGUGCAUCCUUUCCCCCAUUAUAUUCUUUAUCCGUACACCGCAAUUCUCUACCCCUCUCCUCAUCCUCCGUCGAUCCCGUACUCCGCGUCCCCACCGCCAACGGCGGCCGGUACGCCUUGUACACGGCCAGCGGCGCAGGCGUAAGCGGCGGCGACGCUAGACCCGUUGCAU